AGUCUCCGUUCAAUAAAGUUAAUUGAAAUAAACAAAGUGACGUCAUAUCGCAAUGGCGGCCUCCGUGACAGUGCUGACUCCGAACGGGAGAAGACAGACCGUCAAGGUGUCUCCGAACACCCCCUUAUUGCAGGUUCUCGAGGACGUCUGUAAAAAACACGAAUUCAACCCUAACGACCACGGGUUGAAGUUCCAGAGGAACGUUCUGGACCUGACGCUCCAAUGGAGGUACGCCAGUCUGCCCAACAAUGCCAAACUGGAAAUGGUGGCAGGGGCCAGAAAGCAGACCGCAGCCGACGGACAGGUACGUAUCGGUCUCCAGAUGGAGGAUGGUUCUCGACUCCAAGGAACGUUCUCCAGUGGGCAGAACCUUUGGGAACUCCUCACACACUUUCCUGAGACAAGAGUGCUGGCCCAGUCAGGAGCCACCCCUGUGUGUGUCUACAUGAGAGACCAGGUGACUGGAGCAGAGGCUUUACAGACGGCCACGCUGAGGUCUCUGGGGCUCAGCAGUGGGAGCGCUGUCGUCCGCUUUCUUCUAAAAGACACCAAAACAGACGAUGACGAAGAUGGCGGCAGGGAGGGGAUGAAGGGGAGCAGACCUCCUCCCUCCCAGCGCUCCGAUGGACCGGCCCCCUCUCAGCCCCACGCUGCGGCAUCCGGUGCACCCCUCCGUACGGCCAGCCCCGACCGGGCGUCUGCUGCCCCCCCCGCGGCCCCCCCCGCUGCCCCCCCCGCGGCCCCCCCCGCGGCCACCUCACCUGCCCCCCCCGCGGCCCCCCCCGCUGCCCCCCCCGCGGCCCCCCCCGCGGCCCCCCCCCGCGGCCCCCCCCGCGGCCACCUCACUUGCCCCCCCCGCGGCCCCCCCCGCUGCCCCCCCCGCGGCCCCCCCCGCGGCCACCUCACCUGCCCCCCCCGCAGCCCCCCCCGCUGCCACCACACCUGCCCCCCCCGCGGCCCCCCCCGCUGCCCCCCCUGCUGCCCCCCCCGCUGCCCUCCCCGCGCCCUCCCCGCUGCCACCAUGCCUGCCCCCCCCCUUGCGGCCCCCGCCCCCCUGUCCUCUGCCCGCACCGCCCCCCUCCCCCCUGGCGCUCCCCCGGCCUCCCAGCAUGCCUCUGGGUUGAGUGCGGCGGCGGUGGAUGACGGAGAGACAGCGGGUCCGUCGGGACUCGCCUCCCCCCCGCCGCCCGCCGCCCCCUUCACCCCCUUCACAGGGGGGGGCCAGCGCCUGGGCGGGCCCGCCGCCGGGGGGGCGGGGCCUCUGUCGUCCUCCUCCGGGUCGUCCUCUGGGGUAUCCAAGGCAACAGGAGGGUCCCCCAAAGCCAAGAAGGCCAAACCCUGCCAGAACGCCAACGCCAAGGGUCGGGUCAACCAGAGCGAUGAAGACAUGGAGCUGAGGGAGGGCCUUCUGGAGCCCGUGGAGAGGGAGGCUCUGGUCUACAGCCUGGACUCCGGACCCCAGCGGACGGGUGCCCACCAUGAGCUGUCAGACGAGUUCUUUGAGGUGACCGUCGACGACAUACGCAAGCGCUUCGCCCAGCUGAAGAGCGACAGGAGGUCGCUGGAGGAGACCCCCUUGAUGACCAAAGCCCUGAAGGAGUCCCAGCUCAAGGAGAAGAUGGAGCGCUAUCCCAAGGUGGUCCUCAGGGUCCAGUUCCCAGACCGCCACGUCCUUCAGGGAUUCUUCCGGCCCCUGGAGACGGUUGCUGAUGUCCGGAGGUUCGUCCAGAACCACCUGGAGGACCCUGAACUGGACUUCUACCUGUUCGUCACCCCUCCCAAGACGGUCCUGGACGAGGCCUCUGUCACGCUGUUCCAGGCCCACCUGUUCCCCGGAGCCCUGGUGUACUUCGGCUGUGAGCUGCAGACCGACUGCUACCUGCAGAGGGAGCACCUGAGCGCCUGUGUGUCCGCCACGCAGGCCAACGAGUCCAUCGCCAGCUGCAUGCCCGCCUCCCCGGAGGACGGACGCCCCCCCUCUGAGCCCUCUAAGGGGGGCCGACAGGACGGACGCCCCCCCUCUGAGCCCUCUAAGGGGGGCCGACAGGACGGACGGCCCCCCCCCACGGCCCACAGCCAGCCCCCUCAGCGGGCGGGGCCGGACGCCGGGAAGGUCCCCAAGUGGCUGAAGCUCCCAGGAAAGAAGUGAGUCUCCUGCUGGUCAACUAGAGACUGCAGUCUUCUCCAUCGCUGAAAUGAACCUCACCAUUUUAGCUUUACCGCCGUUAUGGCAAAGCACUCGAUUGAUCAUGUAACACGCCGGCAUUCAACAGUGAAACAAGAACAUGUAAGGACCAAUAAAUACUUGCAUCCGUUUUC